CUAUCAAGAAUGAAUUAGACCCUUCUUUAACAAAAAUAACGAUUCAUUCUUUCAAGAAUAACAAAAAUAACGAUUCAUAAAAAUACACUUCCAAAGUAUUAACACUUUAAUGAUGAAAUAGAAGUCAGACGAUGGCAUAAACAUACGUUGACCUCUCUGAUUCUCUUCUUCUAUAUUUCACUUCACUUCACUCGUUUCAAUCAAGAAAACGCACAGAAGAAAAGGAGGGAAAGAAAAAAAAAAAGGAAAAAGAAGGGGGCGAUAAGUUUAAGUCAGACCGGGAAUGAUACCGAGGAAUCUGAUUGGCACAUUCUUAUCUAAACAUUCGCUAUAAAUUCGAGUGCUUUGAGGGUUUAGACGUUUUAUUCGUGUAUCCCAGAAACCAAUCAAUGGAGGGUAACUUUCAGCGCCUAAAACCAUUGACACCUGUUUGGUUUCUUUGUCUUGUUAUAAACUUGAGCUACGUCUAUGGUCAUAUUAAUGGGUUCGGAGAGCAACCACUUUCCAAAAUUUCCAUUUAUAAAACUACCCUCGCUUUUCACGAGUCUGCUUCAAUUGUAGCAUCCCCUACUCUACUGGGUUUAAAGGGUGAGGAUACUCAAUGGGUAAAAGUGGAUAUUGUGCACCCUGAACCAUCUGCAGAUGAUUGGGUUGGAGUUUUCUCUCCUGCUAAAUUCAACUCAUCCACAUGUCCACCAUUAAAUGACCCCAAAGAGCAAACUCCGUACAUUUGUUCAGCCCCAAUAAAGUAUAAGUAUGCAAAUCAUUCCAAUUCGCAAUACACAAAGACAGGCCAGAAUACUUUAAAAUUUCAGCUGAUAAAUCAGCGGGCUGAUUUCUCCUUUGCAUUAUUUUCAGGCGGUUUGUCAAAUCCAAGAGUGAUAGCAGUUUCAAAUUCCAUUACUUUUGCCAAUCCUAAAGCACCACUCUAUCCCCGUCUUGCUCAAGGAAAAUCUUGGGAUGAGAUGACCAUAACCUGGACUAGUGGUUAUAACAUAGAUGAAGCUGUUCCAUUUGUUGCAUGGGGUCUGAAGGGAGAAUCUCCAAUGCGCUCGCCUGCUGCAACAUUGACAUUUCAUCGAAACAGCAUGUGUGGUUCACCUGCACGGACAGUAGGCUGGCGUGAUCCUGGAUAUAUACACACAAGUUUUCUGAAAAACUUGUGGCCAAACACUGUUUUCACAUACCAGAUAGGUCACAUCUUAUCUAAUGGUUCUUAUGUCUGGAGUAAGAUGUAUUCAUUCAAAUCAUCUCCAUAUCCUGGACAAGACUCAUUACAGCGUGUUAUUAUUUUCGGUGACAUGGGGAAGGCAGAGCGUGAUGGUUCAAAUGAGUACAGUGAUUAUCAGCCAGGUUCACUCAACACCACAGAUCGACUUGUUGAAGACUUGAAGAACAUUGAUAUAGUGUUCCAUAUAGGAGAUAUAACAUAUUCAAAUGGAUAUGUUUCACAGUGGGACCAAUUCACAGCACAGGUGGAGCCCAUUGCAUCAACGGUGCCAUACAUGAUUGCAAGUGGCAACCAUGAACGCGACUGGCCUAAUACAGGAUCCUUCUAUGACACUACAGAUUCAGGUGGGGAAUGUGGAGUGCCUGCAGAGACCAUGUUCUAUGUUCCUGCAGAGAACAGAGCUAAAUUCUGGUACUCAACUAAUUAUGGCAUGUUCCACUUCUGUAUAGCCGAUACUGAGCAUGACUGGAGGGAGGGAUCGGAACAGUACAGGUUCAUUGAGAAAUGCCUUGCAUCUGUAGAUAGGCAAAAGCAGCCUUGGCUAAUUUUUGCUGCUCAUCGUGUCCUUGGGUAUUCCUCUGAUUAUUGGUAUGGUCUAGAAGGCUCAUUUGAAGAGCCCAUGGGGAGGGAAAGCUUGCAGAAACUUUGGCAGAAGUACAAAGUAGACAUUGCAUUUUAUGGGCAUGUACAUAACUAUGAAAGAACAUGCCCUAUAUACCAGAACCGAUGUGUGAACUCAGAGAAAAAUCAUUAUUCAGGCACAGUGAACGGAACAAUCCAUGUUGUCGCUGGAGGUGCAGGGAGCCACUUGUCAAAGUUCAGCGAAGUAACCCCUAAUUGGAGUCUUUACAGUGAUUAUGACUUUGGAUUUGUCAAAUUGACAGCUUUCAACCACUCAUCUCUGCUGUUCGAGUAUAAAAAAAGCAGCGAUGGGAAGGUGUAUGAUUCCUUCACCAUUUCAAGGGAUUACAGGGAUGUUUUGGCCUGUGUACAUGAUAGUUGUCCGGCAACCACUUCGGCAUCUUGAACUACACAUUAUUUGUGCAAAUGUCGACAUUCUUGAAGUGUUCCUCUCUAGUUAGGUUGUAAUUUUUAAGAAUGGUCUAAUAAAUAAUAAACCUUUGGAUGCAUUCUACCUGUCCUUUGUUCUGUUACUUUUGUUACUAUGAUAUGCAUCCAAUCCAAUAUCUUUCAUUACCUUAAGAUAGAAACUUUUUCGGAUUUAGUACAGAUACUCCUUUAUUCUA